AUGGCUCGCCGCUCCGGACGCAAAACAAAAGCCCCUGAGCAUUUUGAUUCAGUGGUUCGAAUUCGCGAUAAUUCAACGCAGACGUCCAAAAAGACCAAACGCCAAAAGCGCAAUCUCCUUACUUCAGCAAAUGCGUUACAGACAAACUCACCAAUCCUCAAAGAAGAUAUCCAGUCACUGUUCGCAUCCACCAUCCUGAGAUGGUCAUCCAUGACUGAGGAGAAGAAAAGGAAUCUAAUCGACGCCUUCCCUCCUGCUUACCGCAUUCACAAUACGGACGAAACAGGCAAGCUGCAGUGUCCCAUCUCGAAGGAGUUUGUGGCAAAUGAUAGCAUUAUCAAAAGAGACGUGGCUAGGUUCAAAAGAGAUGUUGAGGCUGGGUACUAUCUCAAGAAAUGGCAGGAUGAGGGCGAAAAAGCAAUGAAAGAGCGAGCUGAAGGCCAUUUCAACGAGUACAUAAAGCAACAUGCUGAAGACAGCUUUGGCAAGACUCAAGAGAGCCAUAAGGACCACAAGAUGAUGAAUGGCAUGGAUGAGAAGAAGACGGAGAGUGACAAUGAGAGUAAAGGUGACUGA